AGCAGCGUUUGUAGAACGUCCGCAUGAUGACAGCAGCACACGAGAGAGAGAGAGAGAACAUGCAGCGUUCCCAUCUCUUCUUCACCACUGAAGGACGUAGCGGCAGCUGGGCCACAUCUCUUCUUCACCACUGAAGGACGUAGCGGCAGCUGGGCCACAUUGCUGCCUUCUACUGUUUUCUACCUUUUGUGUUCUGGUCGGCUCUCUCUCUCACUCUUGUUUCGCACCCACCCCAGUCCCACCCCUCCUCUUAGCAUCUCAAAAGAGCACUGAGAGAGAAUCGAUGGCGCAGAGGCCCGCCUUGCUGACAGGACAAUAAAACCACAAAAGAAGAAAGGGACCUGCACUGCCUUAGUCCGCUCCGUUGUGAGAUCCAGUGAUGCCCCGUCAGACCGAGGACCUGCCCCACAGUCCUGCCUCCUCAACUGGACACCGUUUUGCUGCCAGCCCCUAAUCCCCUGGAGCCUCUGGAGCUUCUGAAUCCUCAAACCCAAGGCAGAGGUUCCCAUGAGGCCCCCCAGGAGAACUCAGCGUGACACCUCUGUAUGGGGCCUCCAGCAUAUAAAGUGCUGAAGAUGCAUCUAGAACGAGAGAGAGAACUAUGUGAUGUGACCUUCUCAUCCUCCUCCUCCUCCUCCUCUCCUUCAGUUGACAUGGAGAAUGAAGACGGGACGUGUCUACUUGAUGUUUUGUGUGAUCCCCAAGCCUUAAAUAACUUCCUUCAUGGAACCAAUGAGCUGCAGAAUGAUGACCUGCUCAUUACCUGUUCCUCUGGAGAGCCUUCCUCCCUCUUCACUGACACCCCGAGCCCAAUUUCUCUGUUGGCAGAUGACAUUACCACCUCGCAGGACACACCCCCUGCAGAAUGCGUUGACCUGUCCUUCCUGGAAGAGGCUCUACUGGGGGGGUCCCCCGAGGGAGAGGGGGAGAGAAGAGGGGAGGGAGAGGAAGAGCAGGAAGAAGAGGAAGUACCACCCUGUGACAUUCUGCAGCAGAGUCUUCAGGAGGCUGACAUCACAGAGCACACUAUGGCUCAGGAGGCGGGGCUCGUCCAACCAGGGCCUGGGGAUGGCCACACCCUGUCUCUCUACACACCUGGCCCCCCACUCCUCCUCCCUCCUGCUGCCGUGCCGUUCCUCUCCAAAACCCUAGCCUUCCCUCACCCCCACCCUGGCCCCCCCAACCUGCAACACAGGGACACCCAGGCUGCGGUGGAGCCUCCCCAACCAUCCCUGCUGGCCGUGGGACCAGGCUGCCCCUCCCUGAAGCCUGCUGCUCCCCAGCUGAUGGGCCUCCUCCCUGGGAAUAUCUUCCCCGCACCCCCCCCAGAGACUUCCUUCUCCCUGACCCAUGCACAGGCCUCCAACACCUCAUUUUCCCUCACCCAGAAGGCAGUUCCUAGCCUGACAGGGCGCCCCCUACUGGCCCCAACCCUUAGAGCGGCUGCAGCUCCCGGGAUCUUUCUCCAGAGAGGGCCCCUGCCCAUCCAGCCCAAGCUGCCUAUCAACAUCCAACCCCGACUUAUUCAGAUAAGCCCUAAGCCUCCUGGCCCUGGUUGUCCUGGUCAGAAACCCUCCCCAGGUCUCACCUUCCUCCCUGGGACGCCCUCGUCAAACAUCCUCCUGUCCCCCCCUCCUCCCCAGCCCAAGCCUGCCCAACACCUCACUAAGCCCCAUCCCCAGCCUGCCCAACACCUCACUGCCCCCCAUCUCACCAAGCCCCAGCCUGUCAGCCUGCAGCUGGUCAACCAGGGAGGAGGCUCCUUCCUGAUCCAGCCUCAAGGUCUCUUCCAUGGCCAGAAUCAGUUCCUCCUGCCCGCCCAAUCCCCUGUCACCCUGUCCCAGCUCCCUGGCCAAUCCCCUGUCACCCUGUCCCAGCUCCCUGGCCAAUCCCCUAUCAACCUGUCCCAGCUUCCUGGCCAAUCCCCUGUCACCCUGUCCCAGCUCCCUGGCCAAUCCCCUGUUAACCUGUCCCAGCUUCCUGGCCAGUCCCCUGUUACCCUGUCCCAGCCUGGCGGUUCCGCGCAGCCCCUGUUCACCUCUGGCCACCAGGGAGCAACAGUCCAGUCUGUCCAGGGUAUGACACCCUCCAUGGGCCACCACCUGGUAGAUGGGUCCCAGAUCCUAACGGCCGUGCCCCACCACAGACAGCUCAACUUCAGCCCCCACACAGUCUUCAGCACCACCUCAACAGGCCAGCUCUCCCUCCGCCAGGGAACCCUGCUCUCCGGGCCCCUGCAGCUGCAGUCAGGGUCCCCUACUGUCUUCCAGAUGCCAGCCCAGUUGACGGGUGCCUACAAUCCCCAGGGGCCCCAGGGACAGGGGGGUCCAGGCCAGCAUGCCACCCUGCUCCACAGCCCUGCUCUAGGGAGCCACAUCACCCUGAUGCACUCUGGGAUGCAGCUCACCUCAACCCACCCAGACAGUCACAUGACCUCCAUUUCCAUCCUCAACACCACCCCUCCUGCUGUAGUACAGGGCCUGCCCUUCACCCCCCAGACCUCUAGACCCCUAGGGGGCGUUACAGAGGGUCAGAUUAGUGUUCAGCAGGCGUCUGUAGUGUUGCUGCCUGACAGAGCUGGCCAUGAGGAGAGGAGGGAGGAAGCAACGUCCCCACACCUGCCUCAGUCGACAAGGCACCUUUUCCAGCAGCAUGCCUCUCUCCAACCCUCCACCGCCAGUCUCCAGUCCACUUCUCCUCCUGUAAUGGCCCUCCUACAGACCUCGCUGGAGGCCCCACAGGCCCUGGACCUACCUGGUAUGCUACCCAAAUACCUGUUAGACCAAGUUGGGACGUUACACAAACACCUGCUGGACCCAGUUGGGACGUUACCCAAACACCUGCUGGACCCAGUUGGGACGUUGCACAGACACCUGCUGGACCCAGUUGGGACGUUACCCAAACACCUGCUGGACCAAGUUGGGACGUUACCCAAACACCUGCUGGACCAAGUUGGGACGUUACCCAAACACCUGCUGGACCCAGUUGGGACGUUACCCAAACACUUGCUGGACCCAGUUGGGACGUUACCCAAACACCUGCUGGACCCAGUUGGGUCGUUGCCUAAACACUUGCGGGACCAGACGGAGACAGGGACAGAACCAGGGGUGGAGAAGGUUCACAGCCCCACCCAGGCCUUCAUCCAUCAUCUACAACAGCAAGCACUUACCCCUCCCAAUCCCUCCCCAUCACCUGAGGUCCUGGCUGGGACUGUGUCAGUGGAGGAUCACAUUGUCUCCGCUGUGGCCAGUGAGAUGGAGGAGGCCCCUCCACCCACCCAGCCAGCAGUUCUAGGACAGGCAGGAGCCCAGUCUGCGAUGCCCCUCAGCCCCUGUGUGUUGGUGGCCUAUCCAGCUUCACUACACCCAGCGACAGAGACUACCCUGCCAGGCCACUCUCCUACCCUGCUAUGCCAAUCUCCACCUGAGCAGGGUUUAGGGACCACACCGCCGGCUGGGCAGGGCUUAUGGACCACACCGCCAAAUGGGCAGGGCUUAGUGAGAACACUCCCAAAUGGGCAGGGCUUAGUGAGCACACCCUUUACUAGGCAGGGCUUAGGGUCCACACCCCAACAAGACAGUUUAUCUUCCCCACCAAGUGGGGCCACCUCCCUGGGACUGGCUGGGUCUGGGUCUGGGUCUGGAAGUGCCGUCCCUCAAACCCAGACUUCAGUUUUCAGAAGCCCCUCCCCUCUGCCUGUCAGCGCCUCCCCCCAGCUUCAGACUGCAGUGUUCAGAAGCCCCUCCCCUCUGCCUGUCAGCACCUCCCCCCAGCUCCAGGCCGCAGUGUUCAGAAGCCCCUCCCCUCUGCCUGUCAGCACCUCCCCCCAGCUUCAGACCGCAGUGUUCAGAAGCCCCUCCCCUCUGCCUAUCAGCGCCUCCUCCCAGCUUCAGACUACAGUGUUCAGAAGCCCCUCCCCUCUGCCUGUCAGCACCUCCCCCCAGCUCCAGACUGCAGUGUUCAGCAACCCCAGCCCCUCUCCUCUACCUGUCUGUGUGCCUCAGCAGCAGCCUGACCCCCUCCUAGUGCAGCCUGACCCCCUCCUAGUGCAGCCUGACCCCCUCCUAGUGCAGCCUGACCCUUUCCUAGUGCAGCCUGACCCUUUCCUAGUGGAGCCUGACCCUUUCCUAGUGCAGCCUGACCCCCUCCUAGUGCAGCCUGACCCCCUCCUUGUGACUCCCAGCUCCUAUGGAGAACAGGAUAACCAGCACCAUGCUGUCCAACAGCACACAAAGCAAAGCAAACCACCAGCUGCCUUGGCCAUGGAUGUGGAGGGUAAAGCCUUUACUCUUGAUGUCCAUCCACCUUCUCCCAGACCCCAGGGCCACCAGUGGCCACCAGGCCCCCACACAGUCCAGGGGCCCAACACAGUUCGGUGGCUCCACACUGUCCAGGAGCCCCAGUACGACCAGGGGCCGCAAGCCCACAGAGAGCAGGACCAGUGGCUCAGAGCAGUUCAGACAGCCCAACAGUCAAAGACAAAGGUGGCCGGUCCUGUGGCGAAGGAGAGGGAGCAGAGACUGACUGAAGCAAUGUGCAGGCUCCAGCAGCAGCUGUGUCUGGACCAGGGACCGGUCCAGAGCCCUUACAUCUGUCCCCCCUUCUCCUCAUUGGGGGAGGCUGUGACACACCUGUUACCAUACCACACCUGUGCCGGACACCUGCCUAGUCAGGACGACUUCAACUUAGUGGACAAGCAGUUUGACACUGUGUCAGGGUUCCUACUGAAACGCACCAAGGACAUGCUCAACAAAUACAGACAGCUACUGCUCGGGGAAGCACUGCAGGUGAUGCCGUCGGCAGAGAUGGUGAUGCUGGAUCGUCUGUUCCUCCAAUCAGAGAGGUUUUCCCUGGGGGAGGACCGACACAGGGCCCGUAGAGACCCAGAGUCCUUCCUGAUGGCCCUGCAUGCAUCUGAGUCCUCCAGCUCCGGGUCAUCCCGUGUGGGGCUGGAUCGGCCUAGCAGUUCCCCCUCCCCCCCUGCUUGGACCAGACUCUCCGACCGACCCCCGGGACUCAGGACCUACCACUCCACCAGCCGCGGAGGCCUCAGGCUCACCAUCAAACACAAGGCUGGAUCCAGGAUGGUGGUUCACAACUCAGCCUGUGACACCGUGCACACUACUGCCCCCUCGUGUCACAAGCGGUACUACACCGGCCAACUGCUCAAUGGGAGUGGUGAUCUGGCUGAGCAGGGCUCCUCCUAUAGGACCUCCUGCCAUCCAAUCGAUGAGGAGAUGUCGAACGGAGCCCUGCCCUCCAAAGCAGUAGAGGACAUCCCCCAUGGUCACCAUAGUGACAGCAGGGAAUCUGUAGCACAGAUUCAGACAGCAGCACUGGGUUCACAAUAUACAAGAUCCCCAAACUCCCUUACUAUGCCGAGCUUAGACCCACAGACUGCCUGUCUAGAGCCUCCCCCUCCAGACCCUGGAGAGAUGAGUACCCCCAAACUGAAACGCUUCAGGCCCACGCUUCCGGACCUCCCAUCCCAGGCGGACAGGCACAGCUACAGGCCCCAGCCUUUCCCACAGACCAGCUACAGGCCCCAGCCUUUUCCACAGACCGGCUACAGGCCCCAGUCUCUUCCCCAGACCAGCUACAGGCCCCAGCCUUUUCCCCAGACCAGCUACAGGCCCCAGCCUUUUCCCCAGACUGGCUACAGGCCCCAGUCUCUUACCCAGACCAGCGACAGACCCCAGCCUUUUCCCCAGACCGGCUACAGACCUCAGCCUCUUACGCAGACCAGCGACAGGCCCCAGCCUUUUCCCCAGACCGGCUACAGGCCCCAGUCUCUUACCCAGACCAGCGACAGACCCCAGUCUCUUCCCCAGACCAGCGACAGGCCCCAGUCUCUUACCCAGACCAGCGACAGGCCCCAGCUUCUUCCCCAGACCAGCGACAGACCCCAGCCUCUUUCCCAAACUAGCUACAGGCCCCAGUCUCUUACCCAGACCAGCGACAGGCCCCAGUCUCUUACCCAGACCAGCAACAGACCCCAGCCUCUUACCCAGACCAGCGACAGGCCCCAGCCUCUUACCCAAACUAGCUACAGGCCCCAGUCUCUUUCCCAGACCAGCUACAGGCCCGAGGCUAGUCCUAGCCCCCAACCCCCCUGCCAGAGGACAACACCCUCAGUGAACACCUGCAGAGUGCCAUCAACAGCAUCCUGGAGCUGCAGCGCCUGCAGGGUCCCACGGCUGCAGCUCAGCCCCGGAUCCAGGGGGCGUGCCCGGCUGUAGGCCCCGCCUCCCUACUGGACCAGGCCAUCACUAGCAUCCUACAAGGAAACCUCUAGAGACUCCUGAGAGGAGGGACACCUGGAGGGAGUGGAGGGGGAAGAACUCAGCCUGGUUUAACCAAGCUAGGAGGAGGAGGGGUAAAGACUAGGCACAAAAACAGGAAAUGCAGAGAAAUUUACACCAAGCAUUAUUUUCUAGAUGGCCUUCUAGAUACUUAAUUUGAUGUACAUGUGAGAUUAAAUCUAGUAUAGUAGGAGAUAUAGCGUAUCAGCAGUAGUUUGAGGAUCACGACGCCAGGUGUAACCAAACCGUCAUCAUAUUUAUAAAUACCAUUGAGAAACAGAGACAGGAGAGCAUUAGACAAAAGAGAUUAUUCAUUUUAUACUUUGUUUUUUAAAAGAUGUUGUUCAAAUGUGAAUUAUUAUUAUUUUUGCUUUAUAUUACUAAGAAAAUCCUAUACGGUGUACUAUUUCAAUAAUCUGUGCCAACUGUGUAAAAUGUGAUUAUUGGGUUGAUUAAGAGCAGGAAGGUUGUCUUUAUGUGAAUCUCUGUGCCUGGGUGUAGGGGGGGGGGUAGAUGGUGAGUUUGAGUGAGUCAGUAUUUUUAGGAACAUUGUGAAUGACCUAAUGAUUCUUUCUUCAACAUAACGGUUUAACCCCAACCUGACAGACUGUUGAACCCCAAAGAAACUUACGUUCAUCUGGGAUGCAUUCACUACGAACAAGCGGAAGCGAAACGGGGGCGAAACAGGGAAGCGCCUACCUGACUUUUGUCCAAUAGAAUCUCUUGUUUCGGGGUUGCAAAAUGUUUUCUGUUGCAAAAAAAAACGUUUUGCUGUGGUGUGCUCUAAUGAAUACACCCCUGAAUACACCAGCAAAAUGGCAACAUUGCAUCUCUGAAUGUAUCCCAUACAUUCACAGGAGCCUGUUAAGAGUCACAGCGGAAAGAGAAAAUAUCUGACGCAGGGUGUGAAAGAUACAGUCCUGCUUUUUGAAGAAAAUUGACGUUUUUUUAUUCACGCUGGAUUCUAACUGUGAUUUGAAUGUCUUUUCUUUUCUUUUCUUUUUUUGGUAUAAAAGAUGAGAACAGAUCCCAAACUUCUUAACAAGCAAGCAAUACGAGGAGAGGUUUUCUGUGUGAGGGUUCUGUAGUGUAGUGAGAGGUCUACAGGUCUACAAGUACGUCCCAAAUGACACCCUUAUUCCCUAUCAAAACUAGUGUACUAAAUAAGGAAUAGCAUGCCAUUUGGCACACACUGUAUACCUGGCCUCCUAACACACCACAUUACCCGCCUGGCACCAGAGCCUGACUGGAGCUCACCUGCAUCUUCUACCAGCCUUGGACCAAAAACUAGGAGAAUUAUCAGCUUUAUACAGUUGAAGUCAGAAGUUUACGUACACCAGAGUCAAAUACAUUUAAACUCAGUUUUUCACAAUUCCUGACAUUUUAAUCCUAGUAAAAAUUCCCUGUUUUAGGUCAGUUAGGAUUACCACUUUAUUU